CUCUUUUCCUCACGCGGCGGCUUGAUCUCUGCAACCAGUCCGCAAGCGCCGGAAAGCGUUCACAAGGCGCCCGGCGAACUGAUCUGAUUACCGGCCCCCGGAAAUGUUCCGCUCCCUCGGCUCGCUUAACCGGACCGAGGUGACUGCCGCUGCAGCGUUUUGGAGCACCGCGAUUAUAUCGACCUGCUUGCACGCAGUUUCCGUCUCUUGAGCACCCACGAUCCCAACCAUGCUGCACACGACUCGCACACGCCUGUCACCCGCCUCCCGCGCAGUCUUUCGCCUCACCACCAUCCGGCGGCUCGUCACCAACGGCUACGUGGAGCCCGAGCGGCCGGCCGGCAACUCGACGGAGAUUGACUUCGAGGAGCGCGGGGGCACGCGCGUGUUCACGCUCAACCGGCCCAAGGCGCUGAACGCUCUGUCGUGGGACAUGUUCUACACCAUGAUGAAGAGAGCCGACGAAUGGCGCGACGAUCCGGCCGUCAAGCUCGUAAUCGGCCUUGGGGAGGGGCGCGCGUUCGCUGCCGGUGGUGACAUCAAGUCGGUGGUGGAGCACGCUCUGCGAGGCGAAAACAUCAAGUCGCUGACGAUGAUGGCGGACUCGUACCGCCUCAACUGGAAGAUGGCGCACCUCGGCAAGCCCUACGUAUCGUUUAUGGAUGGUGUCACGAUGGGCGGCGGCGCCGGUCUCUCCCUCACGGGCGACGUUCGCAUUGCGACACCGCGCACGAUUUUCGCCAUGCCAGAGCAACGAAUCGGCUUCAGCCCUGACUUCGGCGGGUCGUACUACAUGAACCAGCUGGAUGGGCAGAUUGGCACAUGGCUCGCGGUGACGGGGCGCGAUGUCUUCGGGCGCGAGGUGUACGAGCUGGGCAUCGCGACGCACUACGUCGCGGAAGAGGCCGUGCCGGAGAUCAAGGAGCGGCUGGCGGCAAUGGAAGAGCCCAGCGCGGCAGAGAUCUCGGCCGUCGUGGCCGAGUACCACUUGCCUGCGGCCGAGGGGCUGAGCUCGAAGAGCAACCCGAGCGGACGCACGCCAAUCGCGGGCGAUAUCCGGCAGCUACUAGACGAGGUCUUUUCGCUCACCACGCUCAAGGCGGUGUACACCCGUCUCGUGCAGGCCGAGACGGACACGGGGUUCAGCCCCGACGUGCAGGCGUGGGCGAAGGAGCAGCGGGAGAUGAUGGACACGCGUGGACCCACGGGCAUGGCCGUGGCAAUCGAGAACUACCACUCGGCGCGGCAGGCGAAGCGCCUCGCCACAACUUUUGAGCAGGACAUGCUUGUCGCAACGGGCUUCGUCGGCACGAACCGCUCCAACAACGACCUGAUGGUUGGCGCAGUCCACUCGCUCUUUGAGAAGAACAAGACUCCGAUCCCAUUCAGUCCAUCUAUCAAAGAACUCGACGCGCCCUCGCUCGAGCCCGCCAGCCUCCGCGCUAACUUCUUCGACCGUGCGUCGCCCCACCUUGUGGACGCGCCGCCCAUGGAUGUCGGGGACGGGCUGCUCCCGCCUCCGAAGAGCCUCAGGGGCCCAGACUCGAACUGGGGCCGUUUCCGCCGCUUCGGCCUGCCUACCGAGGAGAGCGUGCGGCUGGCGAUCGAUGACGCGCGCGGCAAGCUCAGCGCCGCGGAGCUGGUCGAGCGCGUGGUGGGGCACGAGACACACCCAGCAAGACGGGCCGAGUUCGAGGCUGCCGUGUGGCGCAUCAUCUCGGAAAGAACGUCAACCGGGUCUGUCAUGCAAUGGCACUAGAAAUAAAUAGAGCUAUACAGCCAGUUGUACGAAAUUAGAUA